AUGCCGGGGCCUUUGGCUCCGCGAACACUGGCGCUGGCUUGUCCAGGAGCUCCCAGUUGCGUCGAGCAGGUCCCGAAGUAUUGCCAUGGCGGAUGCAUGUUGUUUGUUGCGGGCGCGCGCAGACGUGCAAACUCUAUCGAAGGCCCCUCCUGGGGGUGUCGCCGUGUGCUGGCCAUGCAUAGCGACCGUGUCUCCAUCGGGCGUCCUGCAGACUGCAAAGACCAAAAGGCCAUGGUCGGCACGUGGAAGCAUUCGACAAUUGCUCCGCCAUUCGCAGGGCUCGCAUUGCCGACUGUCGGACUGCAGCAAAGGGCCGGAGAGUCCGUGAUUGAUGAUUGA